AUGUGAGACUAUACAAUGACAAUUUUCAGUUUAUAUUUUUUGAUUAUUGAAUUAUUAUUAAGUUAUAAAUAGGAGAGUGCAUAUAGAAGAAGCAUCAUAUCCAAUUCCCUCUCUACCACCCAAUACUGGUGUAAGAAUGGGUUUCUUACUAUCCAAUUAUCAACUCACAAUAUGUAUCCUCCUGUAUUCCCUAAUUUUCUGCUUCUCUUCUUCUUCUGCACAUCUUUGCCAUAAUGACGAGAGCACUACUUUGCUCCAAUUUAAGCAAUCCUUUUCAUUUAAUUGCUCUGCUUGCAAUUGCUACAGAAAUGGUCUAUAUACUGAUAAUUGGAAAGAGGGUACAGAUUGUUGUGCAUGGGAUGGGAUCACAUGUGAUAACACCACUGCUCAUGUCACUGGCCUCGACCUCAAUUGUAAGUGCCUAUAUGGUACCAUCCAUCCAAACAGCAGCCUUUUCAAUCUUGUUCACCUUCAACACCUCGACCUUUCUUACAACAACUUCAAUCACUCUCAAAUUUUACCUUCAUUUGGCCGUUUCACAAAUUUGACCCAUCUUGACCUCUCUGUCUCCUAUCUUUCUGGCCCAAUACAAGGUAACAGAGAACUCACAGGUAAACUUGCAAGUUUUAUUAAUGGAACUCUCCGGCACCUUAGGCACCUUGGGUCGUUGGAUCUCUCUGAAAUAGAUUUGACCGGAGAGCUACCUAAUUCCAUCGGGCAACUUGUGUACUUGGAGGAGCUACACCUCAGUGACUGUAAUCUCUUCGGUACCAUUCCGACAUCGCUUGGAAACCUCACGCGAUUAAUUUGGCUUGCACUUCGAGGGAAUAAAUUGAUCAAUGGUCAAUUCCCAUCUUCAAUUGGCCAUCUUAAAAACUUGGAGCGGCUACACCUCGGUGACUGCAAUUUCUCUGGUACGAUUCCGAGAUGGCUUACAAACCUCACGCGAUUAACUCUGCUUGAUCUUUCAUACAACAAUUUUGAAGGCCCAAUUCCUCAACUUUUUUCCAACUUCUUGCAACGUCAAUCUAUAGAUUUCUCAAACAAUCAACUAACAGGUCCCAUUUCAUCAUCAAUAACUGGCCUUCCAAAUCUACACUAUCUAGGUUUAGGCAGUAACUCAAUCAAUGGGACAAUACCUUCUUCCUUGUUUCAUCUUGCCAACUUCUCACAACUUCGUGCUAUAGAUUUCUCAAACAAUCAACUAACAGGUCCCAUUUCAUCAUCAAUAACUGGCCUUCCAAAUCUACAGUCUCUAUAUUUAGGCAGUAACUCAAUCAAUGGGACAAUACCUCCUUCCUUGUUUCAUCUUGUGAACCUUACCUAUCUUGAUCUUUCGUCAAAUAAUUUAAGCGAAACUGUUGAGCUGGACUCGUUUGCAAAGCUUGAAUAUUUGGAUUCUUUGGAUCUUUCAGACAGUGGUCUAUCAUUGACCACCACCAACCCCACUCCCUCCUCUUUCCGAAACAUUAGGACAUUACGAUUGUCGUCUUGCAACAUAAAUAAAAUUUCUGAAUUUCUGAAAACCCGAAUGGAAUUGUUGGAGGUGCUAGACCUUUCGAACAACCACCUAAAUGAAGAACUCAAUCCACUCUGCAAUCUUCAUUCUCUUAAAACUCUCGAUCUGUCCAAUAACCAAUUGACCGGAUUAAUUCCUACCUGUUUGGGGAACUUCAAUGGAAAUUUAACCUGGUUAAAUUUGCAAAGAAACAAUUUCCAUGGUAGCAUCCCUCAAACACUUGGAUAUGCAAGCAUGUUACAGGAACUUGACAUUAGCCACAAUGGAUUGCAAGGGGUGCUUCCAAGAUCAUUGGCAAAUUGCACGAACCUAGAAAUUUUGAAUCUGGGUCAUAAUUUCAUAGAAGAUGCUUUUCCAUUUUGGUUGGAGAACCUGCCCCAAUUGAAGAUUAUCGUCUUGCGAGAUAAUAAAUUCCAUGGUCCCAUAGAGCAACCAAGGAAGAGAUUAGCCUUCACCAAUUUACAUAUCAUUGACAUGUCUCAUAAUGAAUUUACAGGCACUUUGCCAUCAGAAUACUUUGAGAGCAUGCAUUCAAUGAUGAUGGAUUAUGAAGACAAAUCCUCCUUAAAUUAUAUGGGCGUUGGUUAUGGUUAUUAUUCAGUAACCAUAAUGAAUAAAGGACUGGAAAUGACACUCGUAAGGAUCAUCACCAUCUUCAAAGCUGUUGAUUUCUCGCACAACAAGUUUGAUGGAAAGAUUCCCAUAUCUAUUGGAAUACUCAAAGCCCUCCGUGUCCUAAAUUUUUCAAGAAAUGGUUUCACAGGUCCGAUUCCAUUGUCCUUGUCGAAUCUAACUGAGCUUGAGUCCUUGGGUCUAUCCCAAAACAAACUCUCUGGUGAGAUACCUCAACAACUAACAAGCUUGACAUUCCUUGAAGUUUUUGAUGUUUCACAAAAUAAUCUAACUGGGAUUAUACCACGAGGCCGGCAGUUUGAAACAUUUUCAAACACUUCAUAUGAGGGAAAUCUAGGCUUAUGCGGGUUUCCAUUGUCAAAGAAUUGUGGGAAUGUCCAAAUAGCAGAAUCACCAACUUUACCAUCCUCAUUUAGCCACAAUUUUAAGUUCAAAUUUGAUGGCUUUGGUUGGGAAGCUGUGUUGAUGGGAUAUGGGUGUGGCGUAUUGCUUGGUUUGUUGAUUGGAAAUUGCAUUAUUCGAAGGAAAGAAGAAUGGCUCGUAAGGAUUUUUGGUGUAAAAAUGUGUCAACAUGGGAAGAGAUCAAAGAAGGUUUGGAAGAAGAUAGCUCAUGCAAAGUCAAUUAUAAAUUGUUUGUAG